AUGGCUACUCAGAACUUUUUAUAUGAUCAGAACUUAAAUGAUCCAUUCUUAAAUGAUCAGAGCUGUAUUGCAAGACUACAUGCUUUAUUUUUUGUUGGAGCAAUUACUAUUUAUUCAACUCAAGAGACAGGCUGCAUAAGUAACAUUGCACAUGAUUGUAAGGAACUCUAUGAUCAGGGACAUACCUGCAGUGGAGUGUAUACUAUCAAACCUGAUGAAUUCCCUGCUUUUGAGGUUUAUUGUGAUAUGAGUAAUGGUAGCAGUUGGACUGUAUUUCAAAGGAGAGUGGAUGGUUCUGUUGACUUCUAUCGCAAGUGGACAGAAUAUGUAAAAGGAUUUGGAGAUCUCAAUGGAGAGUUCUGGCUGGGACUUGAUAAAAUACACCGACUCACUGCAACAGGCAGUGCUAGCCUACGUGUUGACUUGGAAGAUUUUGAAGGUGUUAGUGUGUUUGCUCAUUAUUCUACAUUUAUAGUUGGAGAUGCACAUAUAAAAUACACACUAACAGUAGGAGGAUACAGUGGGAAUGCUGGAGACAGCUUAGCUUUUCAUAAUAAGAUGAACUUUACAACUCACGAUCGUGACAAUGAUGCCCAUCAUACUUUGAAUUGUGCUAUUCAUGUGAAAGCAGCAUGGUGGUACAAUGAUUGUCAUCAUUCAAAUCUUAAUGGUCAAUAUUUGGCUGGACCUCAUAGCACACCUGCUGAUGGAGUGAACUGGUUAGGUUUUAGAGGCCACAACUAUUCUUUGAAGGUGUCUGAAAUGAAGAUUAGAAGAAAUUAAGUGUCUGAUGUCUAUUAUUAGCAAUAGUUUUUAUUAUCCUAGACUAUUAGUAGUAAAACAGCUCCUAGUGUUAUUAUGAC